CUCGCUUUGUCGCCUCACUCAGGAACUCAAGACGGCUUAUUCCAGUUUGAUUUAACGUCUGACUCGAGUGACAUUGGACCACUCGAUCCACUUAAUCAGACAUCGGAUUAACUGUAACAUUCCAGUAGAGCUACGUGCGGCGAACAAUUUAAUAAAAAUCAUCGGUAGACGAACGGGAAAAUUAGGCCUCCGUAAAAAAAUGUGAGUCGCCACGUAAAUUUCACGAUUUCUUUCCGCAAUUUUUGUUGAAUAUUUAUUCUCCGCAUAUUACGCAUAAGGUCAAUCGGUGCGCGGACAGAAAUUUUUUUGAAAAAUUAUGUGACACGUUUACCACUCAUAACUUUCUCGCCCCCAGGGAAAUUAUCGAACUGAUAAUUUACCUGUAACACGCUAAUUAUUCCCGAUAAAUGGAACGAGUAUUCUCUGGAGUUUGGUGAAACAUCACUGAAGUCGGAUCGACUUUAAAUUAUCAUCCGCACUCCCCGUGACCUUUAAAAUUCAUUUGGCAUUCCCUGCAAUUUUUUCUGAUUUUCAACAAUCGCGAAUGAUGCCGAGACAACAGUCAUGAGACGAAGUAUUUCAAUAACCAUCCUGUCGGUUCUCCUGGCCCUGGGAGUUGGUGCCACCGGAUGUCUGGCUUACUACUUGACCGACAAUCGCCACAAUGCAGCUCACCGAGUAUCCGAGAAACUCGUGAUUGACACUGAUGCAGGAGGGGACGAUGCAAUGGCUAUUUUGUUGGCACUAUCAGCGUGGGAGAGCAAUGACUCGAAUUUCGAGGUCAUUGGUAUCACGUGUGUCUACGGCAACACUUACGAGAAAAAUGUUGAGAUCAAUGUGCUCAAGACAUUGACUAUUGCCAACGCUUCCAAGAUUCCAGUGUAUGGAGGAUCGCAGAAACCCCUGAUAUCCACCAACUUCACCGCAGGUAAUUACUUCGGUGAGGAUGGCUUUGGGGACUUUCCCUUCAAGGAUGAGAUCACAGCUAAAGUCUAUCCUAAACACGCUGCAGUAGCGUUAGUCGAACUGGCUAAGAAGUACAAGGGAGAGCUGAAUAUCCUCACGUUAGGACCUCUCACGAAUAUCGCUGUUGCCCUCGCCCUGGACCCCGACUUUCUGCGGAAUGUUAAAAGGCUCUAUGUCAUGGGUGGGGCUGUUGCGGGAAUGGGAAACAGGGCACCGGGGGUUGAGUACAACUUUGGACAGGAUCCCGAGAGUAAUUUUGUUACUUUCAACUCGACUGAAUCCAUUGUAUUGUAUCCUUGGGAGACGACACGCAACGCUGCAAUAUCCCGGGAAUGGAGAAAUCAGGUCCUAGGUGACUUAUCCUCGAAGGCCAUGAAUUUCAUGAACAAAGUAGAGGUAGAAAUACUAAACGAGAUAAUCUGGAAGCCAGCAGACGUCAUGAUAACAGCAGUAAUGAUCUGGCCGGAAUUGGCAACGAAAAAAAUUUCCACCAGAGUCACUCCAGUAAUUGACGGUGCAGCAAGAGGGUCGGUACUGGUGAGCUACGAGGACAUUCCCACAAACCCCAAUGUAGAGAUCAUCCAAGAAAUCGACGUGGAAAAAUUUAAGGGCCUGCUCCUUCACUACUUCUCCGAGGAAAUGUCACCGCAGUGAAAAAAAAAUAGUGUACUUUUAAAUUUUUUCUACUCACAUUGAAGAAAUUUGUGCUCUUUCGGUCGGCGAAGAGCCCCUGAAGUGUCAUCCCCGUGUGGUACUGGCACUUGAACGUCCUCAUGAGCAGAUCACGGCACUUGUCGUUGUCCUUGAGAAUUUUGUUGUUAAAGUAAAAGUGACAGAGACGAUAGAUUGACUUGUAAUGUCCGGGGAAACGAAGGACACACUGCUCCAGGCCUGCCAGACAGUAGCUGAUGAUCUUCGAGACUUCUGUCUCUGUGAGAUAUUCUUCUAAAAUAAUUGAGGAUUAAAUUUUUGUUGUGUUGUUAUAAAAUAUUGAAGGAAUUGACAUCAAGAUUGUUAUAUUUUUAAAGACUUUAAGAAAGAAUUUUAUCUCCACUGAGAAAAA